AUGAGGGCUUUCUUCCACUCUUUCGUUCUGGUCGCCCGGCUGAGUGUAGGUGUAUUGGCCAUCCCAUCUGAUGAUCGUGUCGCCAUUCGAGCUCAAGAUGCUGGUGACGACCUCGAUGAAUGGCUGGCAGCAGCACAACGAGUAUCAGCAGAGGCUCUUAAGGCUUGCCCUUCCUCCUGUAGCACGGCGAGCAACAAAAACUUGACCUCGAGAGCCGAAUGGUUCUUGUUUCCCGAUGCCACGAAGCUAGCACUGUGCAACGAGACCAUGCUACUCGAUAUGGUUGUCAAAUCAGCCAUCAAUGACGAUGCCGCACAGACAGUUGUUAGGGCUUGCUCAGCCGACUACGACUCCGGCCUCAAGGCUGCAUUUGUAGCCGAGGAAGGGAAGGCGUCUCUUUGUACGACUGCCAACCGUGUUUUGGAACAGAACUCCAUUUACCUACACCAACCCCAAGUAGGAGCUGACGAGUUCUCUGUGAACCAUCUCCUUUCGGCUGGCCGCCAAAUCGCCAAUCACAUCAAAUUACAGGAGCCUUCCUGCACCAACAAUGCAAUGGAAUUUGCAUACUCUCAGUCGUCAAGCAUUGGUCUCUUUGCUGGAGCUGAAGUCCAUCAGCACGGCAUCACUAAGAUCGUUCUUGAGCACCUUCUUCAAUACGCACAAGAUAAAGCCAUAUCAAAGACCACCGUAGUACAGCUAUGUGGAUCCGAUGGCCGUGGCGCAGAUUAUAGUUUGGGAAUCGUUGCAACAAGUGCAAAGAAUCUUGCCUUUGUUCAGGAAGCUGUUAGGACCUGGGCCAGCGGAGCUUGCGUACCAGCCACCGCGGGCGAGGAGUGGAUGAAUGUCAACCUCCGAGUCCCUGGCCCUGUCACUGGCACCUCGAACAGUACUAAUACCACAACUGCAGCGAACAAUACUAUAGUUGCACGCAUGGAAUCUAGAUCACGUCUUAGCAUCAGGGCUGAUUGCAGGACAACCACCGUUCAGUCUGGCGAUGGCUGUUUCGCAGUCGCAGGUCGGUGUGGGAUAAGCCAGGCCGAUCUCCAAAAGUUCAACCGCCAGAAUCUCUGCAACACACUUAUAAAGGAUGAAAAGGUCUGCUGUAGCACGGGAACUCUGCCAAGCACUUUGCCUGCCGGCAAUUCAGAUGGCACCUGCAAAACGAUAGACGUGGUUAGUGGCGAUAGCUGCGGCUCCCUUGCUUCAAAGUGCGGCAUCAGCUCAGCAGACUUCAUGAAGGCGAACACCAAAACUGAUCUCUGCUCAAAAUUAAUUGAAGGUCAAAAGGUCUGCUGCUCUAAUGGUAAAUACCCAGAUAUAAAACCAAAGAAGGAUGCAAAUGGCAAUUGCGCCGUGUACACGACAAAGAAGGACGACUAUUGCUCCAAGAUCGCCGUCUCCCGUGAUAUCACGGUGGCUGAGCUUGAGAGUUUCAACAAGAAGACAUGGGGCUGGAACGGGUGCGACCGUCUCUUCCCAGACUUCAAAAUGUGUAUCAGCGAGGGCAGCCCUCCCAUGCCUGCCAACGUUCCGAACGCCGUGUGUGGACCAACGAUGAAUGGCACAACCCAACCUCCUGCUGGAACAGACCUUGCUACCCUCAACCCCUGCCCACUCAACGUUUGCUGUAACAUUUGGGGCCAGUGCGGUAUGACUGACGACUUUUGCGUCAUCUCCAAGUCCGAGACGGGUGCUCCCGGAACUUCUGCCCCUGGCAAGAACGGCUGCAUCAGCAACUGCGGCAGGGACAUCAUCAAGGGUUCAGCUCCGGCAAGCAAAAUAAAGCUGGCAUAUUAUGAGAGCUGGAAUUUCAAUCGCCCUUGCUUGACAAUGCACGUCGACCAAAUCGAUACGUCCACCUAUACCCAUAUACAUUUCGCGUUUGCGAAUGUCACCCGAGGCGACUACCGGGUUGAGAUCACUGAUCCCAAGGUUUUGGAACAAUUCGAAAUCUUCAAGGGAAUGACAGGCGUGAAGAAGAUCGUCUCACUCGGUGGCUGGGCCUUCAGUACUGAGCCAGGAACUUUCCAAAUUCUCCGCGAAGCCGCAAAGCCUGCCAACCGUGAAAAGUUCAAGAGCAACCUUAUUUCUUUCAUGAACGAACAUAAUCUUGAUGGUAUUGACCUUGAUUGGGAAUAUCCAGGCGCUCCCGACAUCCCAGAUAUCCCUUCAGACGAUCCCGUGAACGGCCUGAACUACUACAGGCUUCUCUCUAGCCUGAAGUCUUCUGUUGGCUCUUCCAAGUCGGUAUCCUUCGCAGCACCAGCAUCAUACUGGUAUCUAAAAUCAUUUCCUAUCAAGAAUAUGGCCAAGGACCUAGACUACAUCGUCUACAUGACCUACGAUCUUCAUGGCCAAUGGGACUAUGGUAAUAAGUGGACAUCGCCUGGUUGCGACACAGGAAACUGUUUGAGGUCUCACGUAAACGAGACUGAAACUAAGGAUGCUCUCUCGAUGAUUACUAAGGCAGGCGCAGCGUCGAACAAAGUAGUAGUAGGCGUUGCUAGCUAUGGCCGAUCGUUCAAGAUGGCUCAGUCUGGGUGCGACUCUGAACAGUGUAGAUUUACUGGAUCGCCUCGACUAUCGAACGCUGCCAAAGGACGCUGCACGGAAACCGCAGGCUAUAUCUCUAACGCAGAGAUUAACGAGAUUGUCCGGUCUGGCAACGUCAAGAAGAAGUGGACGAGUGAAGGGUCGAACAUUAUGGUCUAUAACGACACUGAGUGGGUGGCAUGGAUGGAUGAUGACAUGAAAGAGGAGCGUGCAAAAUUUUACGACUCCUACAAUUUUGCUGGCACAACUGAUUGGGCUGUGGACCUGCAGGCUUUCAACGAUGGAAGCGGUGACGCCGACGACGACGACGAGAGCUACAUUGAUCGGAAUUACUGGUCUGGAUGCACGGCUAAGUACACUACCUUGGACCAGAUUGACGACGCUAAGGACAUCUUACCCGCCCAUUGUCUUGAGCAGUAUAUGUUCGCUGUAGAGAUCUCCAAUUAUGAAGACGCUCUAAAUAAGUACAAAAAAUUGAUGGACAACGGCUAUGACAAGAAGUUUGCGGUCUACGAAAAAUACUCUCGGGACCAAGUACCGGAGCAAAUCAACAACUUCAUGGCCACUGACAAAGUCGACAAGUAUUUCAACUGCAAAGAAACCCGCUACGCUGAUUGCUGCUCGGACUGCACAUACCCUACCUGCAGAUUAACCUGCGUUGAUGGCGAUAAGAAUUGUAAGAGCGGUCGUAUGACUUUGGACAUCGCCUGCCCGAAGAUGGAGUUCGAGGACAAAGGUUUAGAUGUUGGUGAAACUAUCCCUAACGCCACAUUUAGCUUCAAAGACGAGGAAGGCUUCUGGAAUGAUCUCGGAGAGACUUGGGGUAUUGAGAAGUCGUGGGUCUCGUUUGGAAGAAGGCGCAUGCGAAUCAGCAAUGGCUGUCAAUAUGCCGGGGCGGACGUUAACGGCUGCAUAGACGACUCGCCUGACUGGUGGUAUGACUACCCCCGACCGAGCGAUAAUAUCGAGAUCUACAAUCCAAAGAAGGUGAUUGGCGAUUCCUAUGACACAGCGAAGGAGACGCUGGAUCGAUUCAAAAUAAUGAGGAUUGCAGGACUUUAUGAUGAACAAAUGCAAAUGGCCGACUUAGUUGAUGCCGCGUCUAUCCCUGUAUACUCGGCCGUCGAAGCUAUCGAGGCAAUGGAGAAGAUUGUGGAGAAGGCAAACGAACUCAAGAAGAAAGAACGAGAGGAGAUGAUCCUUAACUUCAUCAUGGGUAUUUUGUUCUUUAUCCCCGUGGCUGGCAAUGCCGCUGGUUCUGUGGGCUUGACAGCGGUCCGAAGUAUGCUUCGUCUCAUUGGCACGGUCGGUGAGGCGGGUUUGGUGGUUUAUGAUCUAGUGGAGAACCCCGAAAACGCGUUCCUAACCAUCUUUAGCUACGUGGCAGGUGCUGGUGUUGGUCGGAGUGGUUUCAAGAACGCUGCCAACGCUAGGCGUGGCAUGAGCUCCAAGGAGUAUCAGAGCCUGGGUAAUGUGAAGGUGAAGCUGGAUAUGUUGACAAGCAUUCGAGGGAGCACGUGCAAGAUUUGA